AUAAAAUGUCAGAUUAUGAAUAUGAUGAUUAUGAUUAUGAUCAAAAUCAAAUGGAAUAAGAAGAAGAUCAAGAUGAAAUUGAACUUGAAAAUAAUUAUAAUAAAGCAGAAGAUGAAUUAAAAGAUAAUCCUGAUUUAGCUUUUAAACUAUUCAAUGAGGUAAUAGAAAAAGAAAAGUCAAAAGAUAUCAAUUCAAGAAAAUGGAGUUUUUAAAGUUAUAAAGUAUUAAAAUUUCAUUCUAUUUUUUAGUUUUUAAUAUAGAUUGUUAUUUAAAAAUCUUUAUUUGAAGAUAAUCAAAUUUUUUAAUAUAUUUCAGGAUUCUUAGAAUUAUUAGAUAAAUAAUAUAAAACUGAAGGAGAUAAAGCACUCAAAAUAGUUGUUGAUGCAUUAAUGAAUUCAAAUAAUUCUCAUCUUAUAACUACUGUUUUACCAAAUCUACUUGAUAAACUUAAAUAUAUGAAUUAAAUUGGAAUCUAUUGUGGAGCUAGUAUGAAAUUAUGCAAAGAUUAUCAUGCAAAAGGUAAUUAUAAAAAAUUAGAAGAAACUAUUAAUGUAUUUAAAUAUAUAAUAUCUUUAAGAAUAUUAAUUCUGUACUUGAAAAUAGCAGUAUUCAAGAUGAAGAUAGAAGAAAAGCAUUUCUUGCUGAAUUAUUGGCAUAUAGAAUUUUAUUGUACAAUGCUACUAAUAGAAAUGAUGAAAUUAAACCAAUCUAUAGAUAACUAUUAAAAUCUAAUCUUGAUUUGCUUGAGCCAUAUGUAUAUAUCAAUAUAUAAGAUAUCUAUAGAUUCAAGGAGUUAUCAAUUUAACUAUUGGUUAAUAAAAAGCUCUAGAAAGAUAAUAUGAAUUUAGUAGAAAGAAAUUUAUGGAAGCUUUCUAUAAUUUCUUAGAUGCUAGUUCUCCUGAGGCUAAAUAGGCAUUAAUCUAUGCAUCUGUUGUAAGUAUUCUUGAAAAUUUCAAAAUGAAUUUAUUUGAUGAUAUGAAAAGUAAGGUUUAUGAUUAAGAUCCUAAUGUUAAAGUAUUUUAAGAUUUAAGAAUAUCUUAUGAACAAUAAAAUGUUUAAAAUUUUAGUAACAUUAUAAAUUCAGAAGUAAAAAUAUAAUCUAAUUCAUAGCAUUUUUAAAAAGAUUCAUUUUUAUCUCUCUUAAAACCAUAUAUGUAAUAAAUAAUUGUUGAAUGCAAAAUUUUAAGAUAUGCUAAAUGUUACUCAACCAUUAAACUUGAUUAUUUAUCUAAAUAACUAUUGAUUGAAGUUCCUGUCCUGUAAAAAUAUAUUUAAGGAUUGAUUACCAAAAAACUUUUUAAUGGAUUGAUUGAUGAAAUAGCAGGUUAUUUAGAAAUUAGAGGAGAAGUUGCUGAAACACAAACUAAGGCUCUUAAAGUAAUUAUAGAUCAAAUCAAAGUAUUUGAUUAUUGAAGAUGUUUC